AUGAUCUACACAUCCAGACUGGCUGUUUCACCAGGUUGCGAUAACACAAACCUCGCGGGCGUAGCGUGUCAGGACUCAGAUGCUAAGGACGAGGUGCUUGGGGCCCCGCAUCUGAGUCAUUCGUGUCACAUGGACUCUUGCAGUCAGCCCUCCUUCAAAAAAGAGCUCAGAUCUCAAUCUAGGCUGGUUCCGAACGUGCGGUCUUUCUGA